AUGGGCAGCCAGGAGGUGUCAGUCACGAAGAAUAAUCGAUUCAUUAACUGCUACAAGAUGCCGGAGUUUGUCAACAUCACAUCGCUAGAUGAUGUGAUUGUUAAUGCUGGAACAACCGCUAGGGCAACUAGCGCAGCUUGCGGUGACACCUACUACAUGCAUCAUUCCGAAGACACCGGCGAGCUGGUCACUAUUGGAAUCUCCGAUAUCUUCGACGGUAGCACCGAUCUGACUGGUCUCUACGGGUUUGACGCUUUCGCUUCAAAUCGCCAAUUAUUCUAUAUGGGCGGUAUCUACGCAGCGGACUGGGACGGGAGCAUGAUACCGAUGUACGAGGCGGCUUGCGACUGGGAUUUCUGCAACGAUUUCGUACCCUGGAAGUUGGAGGAGCAGAAGGUGACAUGCCAUAUUUUAACACAAAAUGACGCAGACGGGACGCGGACUUGUUUGGGAGAAUACUGCGUCGGGAACUAUUCGGUCAACUUUGGCGCCGAGAACCAUAUAAAUUACAUCAUAUGUGCUGAAGAUAACUGUAAUUUCGAUCUUGCAACGGCCGUAGCUUCAGCGGCCCGUUACCAACCGGAUUUGCCGAAAUUUCAACCGUAUAUUCCUGAAACGCCAGAAGAAGUUACACCGCAACCUAAUUCAAAGACGACGAAACCAGGGAAAACACAGAAGACCAAGUCGACUAAAGCCUCAAAAACUACUACAACAGCUGCUCUUUCGACUUCAGAAGCAGCACGUCCAGCUGAAACAACAGAUAUGACGGACCCUGAAACUGAUGAACAAACUACCGUAUACCAGAAUCCACCUGCUUCCGCACCGAGCAGCUCGUGUUUUGACUGGAAGCCGGAAGAGAACGGAAUCUUUGCCUGC